CAUCAAGCGGCCGGUUGGGAAGGUUGCGUCGGAGUACGUGGUUGGCCAGGCUGCUGUGGGCGGUAGGCGGACGUGUGGAACCGACAAAGAUGGCGGUGCAGGUGUUGCAAGCUGUUCAAGCGGUUCAUCUUGAGUCUGACGCUUUCCUAGUUUGUCUCAACCAUGCUCUGAGCACUGAAAAGGAGGAGGUGAUGGGUCUAUGUAUAGGGGAGUUGAAUGAUGACAUAAGGAAUGACUCCAAAUUUACAUACACUGGAACUGAAAUGCGCACAGUUGCAGAAAAGAUGGAUACCAUCAGAAUUGUUCACAUCCAUUCUGUCAUCAUCUUGCGACGUUCUGAUAAGAGAAAGGACCGUGUAGAAAUUUCUCCAGAGCAGUUGUCUGCAGCCUCAACAGAGGCAGAAAGGUUGGCUGAACUAACAGGCCGUCCGAUGAGAGUUGUUGGCUGGUAUCAUUCCCAUCCUCAUAUAACCGUUUGGCCAUCCCAUGUUGAUGUUCGUACACAAGCCAUGUACCAAAUGAUGGAUCAAGGCUUUGUAGGACUUAUUUUUUCUUGUUUCAUAGAAGACAAAAACACAAAGACUGGUCGGGUACUCUACACUUGCUUCCAAUCCAUACAAGCCCAAAAAAGCUCAGAGUAUGAAAGAAUUGAAAUCCCAAUCCAUAUUGUACCUCAUAUCACUAUUGGGAAAGUAUGCCUUGAAUCAGCAGUAGAGCUGCCAAAGAUCCUGUGUCAGGAAGAACAGGAUGCAUAUAGAAGGAUUCACAGCCUUACACAUCUGGACUCAGUAACCAAGAUCCAUAAUGGCUCAGUAUUUACCAAGAAUUUGUGCAGCCAGAUGUCAGCAGUCAGUGGGCCUCUACUACAGUGGUUGGAAGACAGAUUGGAGCAAAACCAGCAGCAUUUGCAGGAGUUGCAACAAGAAAAGGAAGAGCUUAUGGAGGAGCUGUCUUCCCUAGAAUAAAGCAAGAGGACAAAAGUAUGGGCAGCUGAAAAUACUGCGUAUACAUUUUAUUAAACUAAAUCAAUUUUGAAAAAUAUAAAGUUGGAGGACCCACAUUUUAUAACUUCAAGACUUAUAUAACUUCAAGACUUACUAUGAAGCUGCAGUAAUCAAGAUACUAUGAUAUUUGCAGAAGAACAGAUGUAUAAAUCAAUGAAACAGGAAAUAAAAUUCAGAAAUAAACACACAAUAAUAUGCUUAACUAAUUUUGAAAAAGUACAAAGUGAUCAAGAAGAAAGGGCAGUCAUUUCAACAAAUUGAAUUUCCACAAGCCAACAAAAUACAUUCUAAAAGUACCUCAGAAUGUGUCAUGUAUUUAAAUGUAAGGUGGAAAA